AUGUCCCUGUUCACGUGGUGCUCGAGACGGGCUGGUGCCUUGAGCAUGAUGGCUUUGGUAGCUUUGUGCUACUGGGUUAUCUCUCGAGAAGCAGAAGAGGACCGACGAAACGAUAGUUUUCGCGGCGACAACAAGUCUUCAACGCCUCAAGCUGUCAUUUCUUCACACGGCGCCGGAAUCUGGACUCUAGUGUUCUCAUAUUAUUGUCUGUUAAUUCAUGUGCUCGUGUUCGUCUUCCCUGUCCGAGCUUGCUGGUCUGUUUGGACAAUUACCCAAUCACUUAGGAAGGCAGCUCAGAGCAAGGCGAUUGAGAACUAUAAGAAGACCGUUGUGCGCCGUCGUGUGUCUUUAACGUCUGUCAGCAGCUCAGAUACCCUCACGUCGGAAACUCUAGCUUCAGAAAGCAAUGCUGUGUCGUCGACUGUGAGCGAGGCAAGUGACUGUGAGCUCGAGACCUACACGGACGCCUCCGACUACCCUGAUGAACCGGUCAUCCAUGCAAUUAUCAUACCUAAUUAUAAGGAGGAAAUGGAUACGUUGAAGGAGACAUUGGAUGUUCUGGCAUCUCAUUCUCAAGCCCGAGCUUGUUACGAUGUCUAUCUUGGCAUGGAAGAGCGCGAGACGGAAGCCGAGUCAAAAGCUCUCAGACUUAUCCAAGAAUUCGCCAAGAAGUUUCGCUCCAUUGACUUUUCUAUUCAUCCUGCGGAUAUUCCCGGGGAAGCAGCUGGAAAGGGUAGCAAUCUGGCUUGGGCAGCGCGAAAACUCAGCGUCAAGUAUUCAAUGUUAAUUCGACAAAAUGUCAUUGUGACAGGAAUUGAUGCCGACAGCCAUCUUUCAUCCAGCUACUUCACCAACAUCACCAGCAUGCACCAUGAACACCCUGAGACAGCUACCACCACGCUCUAUGCCGCGCCAAUCAUCUUUGAUCGCAACGCUCACAAUGUGCCGGCCAUUGUUCGUGUGGCAGAUGUUCUCUGGUGCGCGGCAGGCAUUUCUGGCCUCUAUCAGGGUUCACUUACAGCUCCCCCUACCUCUGUCUAUUCGUUGCCACUCACUUUGGUUGACCGCGUUGGCGGCUGGGACACCGACGCCGAAGCCAUUGGCGAGGAUUUGCACAUGUACAUCAAGUGCUUCUUUGCCCUAAAUGGCAACUUGACCUGCCGUACGGUUCUCAGCCCUGUAAGCCAGAGCAAUGUAACAGGUGGUGGGAAGGGAGGCAUCCGUGGAACCGUGAUUGAUAUCAAGGCACGAUAUAAGCAAGCACUCCGCCACAUGUGGGGAGCCCUAGAUACCGGAUUCGCCUUGCGCAAGGCCGUCGAAAUGUGGAAAGAACGAAAGCGAACUACCAGGACAUUCCGACCUCUCCAUAAGCAGGGCAACGAAUCCAGCCAGUACAUCCCCGACAUCGAGUUCACCAAUAGUGCCGACAUGUCUCCGGAGAACGGCAUCUUCUCAGACCUGACCCAGGAUACCAUCAAGGAACCGCACUUGGAGAAGAUUUUCUACCUCUUCCACCGGCUCUUCGAGGCGCACUUCCUACCUGUUCACAUGACGAUUCUCGUCUUUGCUUCCGCGCUAUUCGUUUGGUUUGCAGACGGUAGCGGUGAUCCUCACAGCGUUGCUUGGAUAUUCUCGCUGUCCAAUAUUCUGCGAACCAUGGGCUUCAUGGGAGUAGCAUGCUAUCUUUUCCUGUACGAGAGCUUCCACCGAAUUUGCGUCAACGCCCGUGAGAGGGAGAUGACGCGGGCCAAGCUCGCAGACGGCAUGUGCUUCUCCCACCGAUCCGUAAGGAAGAAUUUCAUCGACUAUGUCCUUGUGCCUGUCGUGGCGCCUCUCUACGGUGCCAUACCCUGUGCUCAAGCUGAGAUAUGUCACCUCUGGACAGUGAACCUUGUGUACACCGUCAGCAAGAAAGUCACACGACAACGAGCAAAAUCGGACGCCGCGAUGAACAUGGCAUAA